GCAUUGGCACAAUUAAAGAUGAAAAUAAAGCAUUUAUUUGGUUAUUAAGAGCAGCAGAAUGUGAAGAACCCUAUUCACAAUUUGUCGUGGGAACUUGCUACAAUGACGGUAUAGGUACUGCAAAGAAUUCAGAAAAAGUGCUUGAAUGGUUUGUAAAGGCUGCUGAAGGAGGGAAUAUUAUGGCACUCCAAUUUGUCUCUGAACUUCUGUCAGGGCUCUUUGCCUAA